GUCUUUUGUCUUGAAAGAAGCAGACGAAGAAGUUGUUGAUUGGGAAAAUUCAAUUUGUAAGAAUUGUGCUGAUUUUCAGAAACGAUGUCGACGUUUGGACAGUUGGAUGGCGCUGACCUGAACACUUUGCUUCAGACAGAGGUUUGUGAUGAAAUUGAAUCAUUUUUCACCAAAGCAGAAUUUUCCAGUAUGUCUGAUUAUGAAAAACUGAGACUGAGGAAUAUGAGGAAGAACUAUGAAAUGAUGGGACUUUUAGGACUUCCAGUUCUGAAGCCUGAAUUUAUGAAAGGUCCUAGAGCACGGCGGAGGAGAAACAUAAUUGUAGAAUCUGAUGACAGUGACGAAGAGUGGAAGCCUGGAUCAUCUCGUAGACAUUCUAAAGCAGAAAAGGCAUUCAAAAUUCCAUACAGAACCACACCAAAGCCAGAACCAAGUAUGGUAUCAAGAAAGAAAUCGCCAAAAAGUACUAAAAGUAAAAGUGAAACGUGUGGACAUCGGUACCCAAUGAGGCCAAGAAGUCUUACAAACUACAUGAAUGUUGAGGUUCCAGAUGACGACCGCUUUUUAUAUUGUGAAGACUGUGGAAAAGAGUAUGAUGGUGAUUGCCCAGUACACGGACCUCUAAAUAUUGUGGAAGAUACCGAGGUUCCAAACACUGUGAAGAACAAGGAUAGAGCCAGCUCUACUCUUCCUGCAGGUCUAUCUAUCCGGAAGUCUGGAAUUCCAAAUGCUGGUUUAGGUGUUUGGGCUGACAAGUUCUUUCCAAGCCGAACACAGUUUGGACCGUAUGGAGGCAUUUGUGAAAAAGACAUCGACAAAGCACAUGCAUCUGGCUAUUGUUGGCAGAUCUAUAAUGAUACUGGCAGACUGUCUCACUUUGUUGAUGCACGUGACCCGUCUCAGUCCAACUGGAUGCGAUACGUGAACUGUGCUCGCACUGAGGAAGAACAAAACGUGACAGCCUAUCAGUUCAGUGGGCAGAUUUACUACAGGUCAUUUAAACCAAUCGAGCCAGGCUCGGAGCUCUUAGUUUGGUAUGGCCAGGAGUACGCAAAGGUACUGGGAAUCAGUCCCAAACAGUGGACAGCAAAACAUAUGAAAAAGACUACCAUAAAAGGUGUGUAUUCCUGUGCCUACUGUAUUAGAGGAUAUUCAAAUUCAGAAUUUCUUCAAAAGCAUCUGCAAAGAUCUCACUGGGAUAAAAUGCAAAGGACUGAAUGUACAAGAAAAAUUAUUGGUAAAGUUGAAAAUCUCCCAUCUGUAGAGAGAGUAGAAUUUUGCAGAACUGCGGUACCUGUGAAAAAUAAUGUUCAUGAUAUAAAAAAAAAACAGUGUCCAAAGCCUCAAUUGUUAGGAGAAAAACGUAAUUCAGGUUUGAAUACUGACAAGAAACUGCAUCCAGAAACGAAAUGUUUAAAGAAUUGUUUAUGUGAGAAUAAGUCUGAUUCACUGAAGAAAACUUCAUCAACUCUUUUAGAUGUGAAAUGUUUCAAAUGUGAAGUGUGUAAGAAAGAAUUUAGUCAGUCAGGUGAAUUAACAAAACAUGUGAGAAUGUGUACAGAAAAAACACUUAACAAUGGUGAUGUGCGCAGAAAGGGGGUAAAUACUUGUGAAAACGUGACAAAAAAUACCAGAAUUCAUAGAGAGACACCUUACAAGUGUGAUGUGUGUGGGAAACAGUUUAAUCAGUCAGUUAACUUGACAACACACAAGAGAAUUCAUACUGGAGAGAAACCUUACAAGUGUGAUGUGUGUGGGAAACAGUUUAAUCAUUCAAGUACCUUGACAAGAUACAAGAGAAUUCAUACUGGAGAGAAACCUUACAAGUGUGAUGUGUGUGGGAAACAGUUUAAUGUUUCAAGUCACUUGACAACACACAAGAGAAUUCAUACUGGAGAGACACAUUACAAGUGUGAUGUGUGUGGGAAACAGUUUAAUGUUUCAAGUCACUUGACAACACACAAGAGAAUUCAUACUGGAGAGAAACCUUACAAGUGUGAUGUGUGUGGGAAACAGUUCAAUGUUUCAGGUCACUUGACAAGACACAAGAGAAUUCAUACUGGAGAGACACCUUACAAGUGUGAUGUGUGUGGGAAACAAUUUAGUGAUUCAAGUACCUUGACGAGACACAAGAGAAUUUAUACUGGAGAGAAACCUUACAAGUGUGAUGUGUGUGGGAAACAGUUUAAUGUUUCAAGUCACUUGACAAGACACAAGAGAAUUCAUACUGGAGAGACACCUUACAAGUGUGAUGUGUGUGGGAAACAGUUUAGUGAUUCAAGUACCUUGACAAGACACAAGAGAAUUCAUACUGGAGAGAAACCUUACAAGUGUGAUGUGUGUGGGAAACAGUUUAAUCGGUCAGUUAACUUGACAACACACAAGAGAAUUCAUACUGGAGAGAAACCUUACAAGUGUGAUGUGUGUGGGAAACAGUUUAAUCAGUCAGUUCACUUGACAAGACACAAGAGAAUUCAUAGUGGAGAGACGCCUUACAAGUGUGAUGUGUGUGGGAAACAGUUUAGUGAUUCAAGUCACUUGACAACACACAAGAGAAUUCAUACUGGAGAGACACCUUACAAGUGUGAUGUGUGUAGGAAACAGUUUAAUCAGUCAGUUCACUUGACAAGACACAAGAGAAUUCAUACUGGAGAGACACCUUACAAGUGUGAUGUGUGUGGGAAACAGUUUAGUGAUUCAAGUACCUUGACAAGACACAAGAGAAUUCAUACUGGAGAGAAACCUUACAAGUGUGAUUUGUGUGGGAAACAGUUUAAUGUUUCAAGUCACUUGACAAGACACAAGAGAAUUCAUACUGGAGAGACACCUUACAAGUGUAAUGUGUGUGGGAAACAGUUUAGUGAUUCAAGAACCUUGACAAGACACAAGAGAAUUCAUACUGGAGAGAAACCUUACAAGUGUGAUGUGUGUGGGAAACAGUUUAAUCAGUCAGUUCACUUGACAACACACAAGAGAAUUCAUACUGGAGAGACACCUUACAAGUGUGAUGUGUGUGGGAAACAGUUUAAUAGAUCAAAUACCUUGACAACACACAAGAGGAUUCAUACUGGAGAGACACAUUACAAGUGUGAUGUGUGUGGGAAACAGUUUAAUCAGUCAGUUAACUUGACAACACACAAGAGAAUUCAUACUGGAGAGAAACCUUACAAGUGUAAUGUGUGUGGGAAACAGUUUAAUCAGUCAGUUAACUUGACAACACACAAGAGAAUUCAUACUGGAGAGACACCUUACAAGUGUGAUGUGUGUGGGAAACAGUUUAGUUAUUCAAGUCACUUGACAACACACAAGAGAAUUCAUACUGGAGAGACACCUUACAAGUGUGAUGUGUGUAGGAAACAGUUUAAUCAGUCAGUUCACUUGACAAGACACAAGAGAAUUCAUACUGGAGAGACACCUUACAAGUGUGAUGUGUGUGGGAAACAGUUUAGUGAUUCAAGUACCUUGACAAGACACAAGAGAAUUCAUACUGGAGAGAAACCUUACAAGUGUGAUGUGUGUGGGAAACAGUUUAAUGUUUCAAGUCACUUGACAAGACACAAGAGAAUUCAUACUGGAGAGAAACCUUACAAGUGUAAUGUGUGUGGGAAACAGUUUAGUGAUUCAAGAACCUUGACAAGACACAAGAGAAUUCAUACUGGAGAGAAACCUUACAAGUGUGAUGUGUGUGGGAAACAGUUUAAUCAGUCAGUUCACUUGACAACACACAAGAGAAUUCAUACUGGAGAGACACCUUACAAGUGUGAUGUGUGUGGGAAACAGUUUAAUAGAUCAAAUACCUUGACAACACACAAGAGGAUUCAUACUGGAGAGACACAUUACAAGUGUGAUGUGUGUGGGAAACAGUUUAAUCAGUCAGUUAACUUGACAAGACACAAGAGAAUUCAUACUGGAGAGACACCUUACAAGUGUGAUGUGUGUGGGAAACAGUUUAGUUAUUCAAGUCACUUGACAACACACAAGAGAAUUCAUACUGGAGAGACACCUUACAAGUGUGAUGUGUGUAGGAAACAGUUUAAUCAGUCAGUUCACUUGACAAGACACAAGAGAAUUCAUACUGGAGAGACACCUUACAAGUGUGAUGUGUGUGGGAAACAGUUUAGUGAUUCAAGUACCUUGACAAGACACAAGAGAAUUCAUACUGGAGAGAAACCUUACAAGUGUGAUGUGUGUGGGAAACAGUUUAAUGUUUCAAGUCACUUGACAAGACACAAGAGAAUUCAUACUGGAGAGAAACCUUACAAGUGUAAUGUGUGUGGGAAACAGUUUAGUGAUUCAAGAACCUUGACAAGACACAAGAGAAUUCAUACUGGAGAGAAACCUUACAAGUGUGAUGUGUGUGGGAAACAGUUUAAUCAGUCAGUUCACUUGACAACACACAAGAGAAUUCAUACUGGAGAGACACCUUACAAGUGUGAUGUGUGUGGGAAACAGUUUAAUAGAUCAAAUACCUUGACAACACACAAGAGGAUUCAUACUGGAGAGACACAUUACAAGUGUGAUGUGUGUGGGAAACAGUUUAAUCAGUCAGUUAACUUGACAACACACAAGAGAAUUCAUACUGGAGAGACACCUUACAAGUGUAAUGUGUGUGGGAAACAGUUUAAUCAUUCAAGUACCUUGACAAGACACAAGAGAAUUCAUACUGGAGAGACACCUUAAUGUGAUGUGUGUGGGAAACAGUUUAAUGUUUCAAGUCACUUGACAAGACACAAGAGAAUUCAUACUGGAGAGAAACCUUACAAGUGUAAUGUGUGUGGGAAACAGUUUAGUGAUUCAAGAACCUUGACAAGACACAAGAGAAUUCAUACUGGAGAGAAACCUUACAAGUGUGAUGUGUGUGGGAAACAGUUUAAUCAGUCAGUUCACUUGACAACACACAAGAGAAUUCAUACUGGAGAGACACCUUACAAGUGUGAUGUGUGUGGGAAACAGUUUAAUAGAUCAAAUACCUUGACAACACACAAGAGGAUUCAUACUGGAGAGACACAUUACAAGUGUGAUGUGUGUGGGAAACAGUUUAAUCAGUCAGUUAACUUGACAAGACACAAGAGAAUUCAUACUGGAGAGACACCUUACAAGUGUGAUGUGUGUGGGAAACAGUUUAAUGAGUCAAGUCCCUUGACAAAACACAAGAGACGUCACGCAUGGAUUCACACGGGCGAAAAACCAUUCAAGUGUGAACUGUGCUCGAAGAGGUUUACCCGGAGCCUCAACCUCAAGACUCACAUGUUGAUUCACACGGGCGAAAAACCGUUCAAGUGUGAAGUGUGCCAGAAGUGUUUCCGAGACAAGAACUCGUGGAAGCGGCACUGGCUCAUCCACACGGACGAGAAACCAUUUAAAUGCGAAGUCUGUUCCAAAUGCUUCAUUCAGAGCUCCGUGCUGAAAGGACACAUGCUGACCCACACGGGAGAAAAACCUUUCCAGUGCCAGGAGUGCUUCAUGUUUUUCACGCACGUGUCGCACCUCUCCAGCCACAUGCUCAUUCACACGGGCGAAAAACCGUUCAAGUGUGAAGAGUGUGGGAAAUGCUUUACUCAGAGGUCGACGUUGAAGCGACACAUUCUCAUCCACACGGGCGAGAAAUCCUUCAAGUGCGGAGAGUGCUCCAAGUGUUUCUCGCAGAGCUCGAACCUGAAGAGCCACAUGAUGAUACACACUGGAGAGAAGCCCUAUACCUGCGGGAUGUGUUCCAAGCUGUUCGCGUACAGCUCCACCCUCAAGAGACACAUGAUGCUGCACUACGGCGAAAAACCAUUCCGCUGCGACGUCUGCUACGAGCGAUUCUCCAGAAGCACCAACCUGAAGAAGCACAAGUGCAGCGCCAUGCCCAGACUGGAUGCCGAGGCAUCCAGGAGGAUAAUGAUGUCCCCAAAUCUGCCGCCACUGACGCUGUCGUUACCACCACCACCAUUAUCACCACCACUGCCCAUGCCACCACCACCAGCAUCACCGGUGCCAUUUGCAGUGUUACCGUCGCCAGAAGCAUCAUCGCCGACACCUUCCUCACCAACGCCAUCAAACACGAUGUCGCCAGCAAUGCCAUCGUCACCUGUGACGUCGUCCCCAUCUCUGCCGUUGUCACCAGAGAUGCCGGAAUCACCAACAUCGGUGCCAGAGAGGCCAGCAUCACCAGAAUCGCCAGAACCAGCAUCACCAAUGCCAUCAUAUAGAUUGAUGCCAUCGUCACCGGUGUCUCCGUCGUCAUCUCCACCAAUGUCAGCACCGUCAUCACCAGUGUCGGCACCACAGUCACCAGUGUCGGCACCUCAGUCACCACAGUCACCAGCAGCAGGAGCAAGAGCAGCAGCACAAGAAUCGCCAGAAUCAGGUUCCAGUGAAACAUCUUGAAAGGAAUAAUAUUCUGUCUACCCAGGGUGGACUCCCAAGUGUGGAACUCAAGCAGCUAUAUACUAGUACUGGUAUAUUUAUCUCCUGCAGUUAUGAUGUCUAUGAUAUGACGUCAACAAUGUCUUUAUUAAACUUUAUUAAUUACUUCAUUAAUCUUGAAAACAGGAUGAAUUCAUAACUGUGGCAGUCAUAUAUGUACAUGAAGUUGGUAAGAUAUGAGAAGAUAAAUUUCUUUAUUAAAUCAUCUUUAAUCUUAAAAACAGGGUAAAUCAGAGGCAGAUCUAGAGGGGGUCCCCUACAUUUAUAAUUAUUUUAUUAUAUAUUAAUUUUCUUUUUUUUUACAAUCCCCUCCAAACCACCUCCAAAGUUCCAU